UAAUAUCGGAUAUUUAAGAUCUACCGGCCGCAGAAAUGAGAAACGGCACGAUUGAAAAUGAUACAAAGUUAUCAUGCCUUGGCCUUAGUGAGCAAAAAGUAAAAGAGACCAUUAAAAACGCUGCACUUUACGAAACAAUCAUUUCCGCACUGUCUUUCAUUCCCGAAAAUCACACAAUCGGCAAAAAUGAGGGCCAGCUGGUUUACCAGGUUUGUACAAAAAUCAAGCAACAGUGCAAGAAUCAUUUGGAGCUUUUAAUUCGGUACAUCGUUGAGCAUAAACUGGAUACUGGAGUACGAAUCGAUGCUGCUUUAGAGUUCAUUCUGACAAAUGGACCAAACAAAAGUAUCGAUAUUGAACAGUUUGACAAAGCCUGUGGCGUUGGAAUAAUUGUUUCACCUGAGGAAAUUGAUAGUGCAGUCGAAUCUGUUAUUGAAAAACAUAAAACAGCAAUUCUAGAUCAACGAUACCGGUUCAAUGUUGGAAAGUUAUUAGCUGAAACUCGUGGCUUAUUACCAUGGGCUGACGGAAAAGCAAUUAAGAGUGAAGUUGACGUUCAGAUUUUCGACUUACUUGGUCCCAAAACUGACGUAGACUUAGCGCCGCCCGCAAAAAUUGUUAAAAAGAAAGAAAAUAGGCUAUGUGUUGAAAAAGCUGAUCCUAAUGAUGUAGUUUUACUAUCAACCCAAGAAUCACUUUUGGGCGAAACAAAGUCAAUUUCUGAUCUAAUGAAAUCGGUUCACUUUCAUGCUCCCGGGGAAAAUCACAAAACGGAUGGAUAUAUCGUGACAGAUCGAACCGAAAGCUUGCUGAAAGAACAUCUCAGUCGAACAAAUGGGCUUGUACGCACGCGUUUUCCUCCGGAACCCUAUGGAAUUUUACAUAUUGGUCACGCAAAAGCUAUUAAUAUAAAUUUUGGGUACGCAAAAGCACAAAACGGCAUUUGCUUUUUACGGUAUGACGAUACAAACCCGGAAAAGGAGGAAGAGAAAUUUUUCGUUGGCAUUAAGGACAUGGUCGAAUGGUUACGAUAUGAGCCGUACAAGAUAACGCAUUCGUCUGAUUAUUUUCAACAGUUGUACGAAUGGGCAGUAAUUCUUGUAAAAAAAGGUAUGGCCUAUGUUUGCCAUCAAACAUCUGAAGAAAUGAAAGGUUUUAAUCCACAACUUUCUAAAUGGCGCGAUCGCCCAAUUGAAGAAAGUUUACAACUCUUUAACGACAUGAAGAAUGGUAAAAUCGACGAAGGAGCAGCUACUUUACGUAUGAAAAUAACUCUCGAAGAAGGGAAAAUAGAUCCUGUGGCUUAUCGAAUAAAGUUUAUCCCUCAUCAUAGAACUGGAAACGAAUGCUGCAUUUAUCCUACGUAUGAUUAUACACACUGCCUGUGUGACAGCAUCGAAGAUAUUACUCAUUCGUUAUGUACAAAAGAGUUUCAAUCACGUCGGUCUUCAUACUAUUGGCUUUGCAACGCCCUCGACAUUUAUUGUCCAGUACAAUGGGAAUAUGGUCGGUUAAAUGUUAAUUACACUGUAGUGUCUAAGAGAAAAAUUGCGAAACUUAUCACAGAAGGCAUCGUUGAGGAUUGGGAUGAUCCAAGACUGUUUACAUUAACUGCCUUACGCCGGCGUGGCUUUCCCUCAGAAGCGAUAAAUAAUUUUUGUGCUCAAAUAGGCGUUACUGGAGCGCAGAGUUCUAUCGAUCCAUCAGCUUUAGAAGCAUGUGUUCGUGAUAUACUGAACCUAUCUGCCCCACGUUGGGCGCCAAUAUAA